AUGUCAAUGAACCUCAUUAGCCACCUCAGAUUGUGUGAUGAUAAAUUCCAAGAAGUCCGUUCAUUUGGUAAAGACAUGUUGAAAUCACCAGUGGGCUUGACAUUAAACAAGGAAACUAGAGCUUUGUAUGUAGCAGAUGUGUAUGCUCACUGUGUGUAUAAAUUCAAUGUUGAUGAUGGCAGGCUGCUGGGUAACAUAGGUUCACAAGGUAGUGAAGUAGGUCAAAUUAGGCAACCACAAGAUGUCACUUUAACUAAGAAAGGUCAUGUGAUUGUUGCUGACUUUACUAAUGACAGAAUACAAAUGUUUGAUGCUAAUGGUAAGUUUAUGAGAACUCUUGUAGGCUCUGGUAGGGAAGAUGGCAAAGUUUUGAGUCCUUUUGGUGUAACCAUGGAUAUGGAUGAAAAUAUAAUAGUAUCAAGUAAUCAUAAAUUACAAUUAUUUGAUAAAAAUGGUGUAUUCAUAACACGAAUAGAUCAUAAAAAUGAUGGAUUGGAAUGUCCACUAGGAAUCACUGUAAUCUCCAACAGACCAAGAAGAGUAGCAGUAGCCAACCUCGGACAAAACAAUGUAAAAAUAUUCAAUUAUUAA